AUGAAGAUUGUAUCGCUGUCUGAGUACAGUUUUGAAAAUGGAACAGUGCUUCAACAAGAUGAGCUUUCAGUUCUUAAAAAGUUUCUUAUAUCUCAAAAAGAUAUCAAUGCUUUGCAUUAUAUGGACUUUUUAAAGGCUUCUUAUCCUAAUUUAUUGGUUUCAUUGCAAAAUGCAGAAGGUGUUGAUAAUUAUAGAGUUCUUUGCUCUGAUACAUUGGCUCUAUGGAUCCUAAGAUCUGCUCAAUUAUGUGCUAAAUCUGAAGAAUGGACUAAAAUUAAUUAUGAAAUAUUUUUCAAUAAAGAUCAACAUGCCACUUUUAUUUUCCAAUAUGUCGUUGAUUAUUGCAAUGAGACUGGUGGUCCUCUGUCAAAUUCCCUGAAAGACCUUUUAACAAAACUUUUGAUUUUGAUUAGAAGAUAUAAUCCAACACAAACAUUACAAGAAUGGAUUGAUAUUACUUUGAGAAUACCACAUGAAAGAAGGGUUCAGUAUUAUUUAUUAGAAAAUUUGGCCAAAGAAGGUUCCACUGCAUCUUAUAUUCUACAGAAAGGUCCAAAUUUAAUUAAUGAUAUCAUACAACUUAUGGGUAUUAACGCAUUGGCGAAUCCAAUUGGAAAAGCAGUUAGCGCUAUUCUUAAAGAACUUUAUGUUGAUGAAGAUCACGCUGAGGAAUGGGUGACAAAUUAUUGGGGAGUUAUUGAUCAAGGAUUGAAAAAUACCGAACUAAGAAAUCGUAUUGAACAAUAUAUCUUACCUAUUCUUUUCAAAACAUCCAAAAUUGCAUUCAAUGUAUUUGUCAAGAAUUUACAACAUGAUAUUGAUGUUUUCAUAAGCUGUUUAAACAUUGGUCAAUCACUGGCUAUUGAAGAAGAACCAUUCCCGGAACUAGUGUCAUAUGAAACACUGGAGAAACUCAUUGUCCAAGAUGAAUUUAAAAUCAAGAUAUUUCAAUUAUUAACAUUUUCACCAAAAGGUUCAAAACCAAUAAAUCCAAAAGUUUACGAAAUUUUAAAGAGAAACAUGGAUAUAUUUUUCACUGAUUGUGAAGUUGAAACUAGAAAUAAAUUCACAAGUAUGUUGAAACAAUUCAUAUUCAGAGUUAAAGAUUCAGCGUAUGCUUUUAAUAGAGAUGGUACUAAACUUAAAGCUAAAAAAUUAACAACUGAAGCUAAAGUAAGGUUUGAAGGUGUUGAUUUAGCGCAUGAUUUCUUAAGUUGGCUUAUUGAGUACUCUAAACUUCAAAUAAAACCAGGUGCACAAUAUCAAAGAAUCAACACAGGUUUUAAAACAUUACAUUUUUUAACUGAUACUGGAUUAGAUUCAAGAAUCAAAGUCAAACAAGAUAUAUAUUAUCCAUUUCAUAUUGAAGUUUUCGAUAAUUCGCUAAAAAGACUUUUGUUUGAUAAUAUUUUAAGUACUUAUGAUGAUCUGAGAAAGUCUGCCGUUUCUUUAUUAGUUUCAUAUAAAACAGUUUUAUCAGAUGAUGAAUAUUCAAGUUUAGUUAAUAAGGCGUUUGAUAUGUUGAACGAUUACACACUGGUUGACUCCGGAUCAAAAAUUAUUGAGUGUUUGUUUAAAUUGUAUCAAGAUGAAGAAUUAUUGAAUAGAUUAAUCACUAAAAUUCCAUUGAAUGAAGAUAUUAAAACAGCAGUUUAUUCACCUGUUGAUGGUUAUUUCCAAGCGGUGAGAUUAAUUAUGGAACAAAAGAAUAGUUACAGCAACACUAAAGCCAUUAUUGAAUUAAUUAAUCGUAAUUGGAAUAUAGUUCGUGACAUUUUAAGUCAUGAUUCCCCAGAAGGUUGUGAUCAAUAUGGUGUUGGUUCUGCACAAUUAGUUCUGAGUUAUGCAUGGAGAUCAACAAAAGAAUCUACUGUUUUGUUACAAAAGGUGUUAGAUUUUGUCGACAAUGAUCAAGAAUUGCUACAGAUUGGGGAAAUUGUACUAGAUCAAUUAGCCACUGUUCGUCAUAGAGGUGCUUUUUCUGCUGUUUAUCCAACAUUCAUCAAAGUUUCAACAAUCUGUAAAGAAAAAUUACCAAAUCAAAACAAGACUUGGUUAGAUUUUAAUAUUUCAUUAAUUCAAACUAAAACUCAACUGAUCACAAGAAGAUCAGGUGGGUUACCAUUCCUGAUUACAGCAAUUGUUACAGCGGAAAGAGAUCUUUUAAGAUAUGCAUUUGAUAAAUUAAUGAAAAUUGCACAAUUACCAAUUGAUGAAAAAGAUGAAAGUGAAAAAAUGGAUAUUCCUCAAGUCCAUGCUUUUAACUGUAUCAAAAAUCUAUUCAUUGAAUCACAAUUAGCAGAUUCUGUAAUACCAUUAAUUUUUGAAGCAUUAGAACUUGCCCUGUCUACAUUCUCAUCCAGAAUUUGGUCGGUUAGAAAUUGUUCAAUUAUGCUGUUCACAGCAUUACAAAAUAGACUAUUUGGUAGAAAGAAAAUGAGUGCUCGUGUGUUUUUCUCAAGAUUUCCAGGUAUUGACGAUUUAUUGGUUAAAAUUUUGAAAAAUUCAAUAACAGAAAAUAAACUAGAAACUUUAUUCCCAGUAUUGACAAUUUUAUCAAAAUUACAACCAAAUAUUGGAUAUGAUGGUCUGGAUAAAUUUAAACCAUUGUUAAGAGUUUGUCUUUCUACAAAAUAUUGGAAAAUUCGUGAAGCCGCAGCUCGUACAGUUCCAGCAUUAAUCGCAGAUAGAGCCAAUGAAGCCAAAUCACUUUUAUCAUCUUGUUCCAUCGCUGAUCAAAAUCAAUUACAUGGUCAUUUAUUAGCCAUUAUUGAACUUGACGUACACUCAUCGGAUUUUGCAGAGUUAGUUUAUCAAAAAGCCGACGAAUAUUUAGUUUCAAACCAAUGUUCAUCAACAAAAAUGUCAUAUGUUCAGAUCUUGUCACCAUUAUUAACUAAAUUCCCAAAUGAAAAAAUCAUUAUUCAAUUAGAAAAUUUAUUUCAAAAGGAAAAUGUUGAUUAUCAAAUUGAUGGUUCAAAACAAUUGUUGCUAAAAGAAUUAUUUAAAGCUAUUAAAGACAAUCAAAUAUUUUUGGAAGAAGCUUUGUCAUCUCCAUUUUUUGAAGUUCAAGUUGAAGCUAUACAACAUUGUGCUGAAAAAGAUAUUAAUCAUCCAUUGUUAUCCAAAAUUGCUAACGAUGAUGAUGCUUGGACAUUUGUUCGUUCUAAAGCUAUACCUUUAGUUGAUGAUUAUAGUGUUGAGAAAGCUUUUGAUUUUGUUGAAAACCAACAAGAUUAUGGUGAAGAUAUUAAGAGAUCAUCUUUGGAGUUAUUGGGUAGUAUUGCUGCAGAAAGUGAAGAUUCAAAAGUUUAUGAUAAUUGGUAUAAAUUGAUUCUCAAGAAUUCAGAUGAUAACGAACCAUACCAAAUCAGAUUAUCCGCAUUGACUUCAUUAUUAAGAUAUUUGAAAAUUAAAUCCGACCCGAAUGUUUUGGGCUUGUUGUAUGAUUUCCUUUCUGAUGACGAUGAUGAAAUUAGAGAAUUAGCAUGUUCAUAUUUUGAUGAAAAAGUUGUUACUUGGUCCACAGCCAACCAAUUCAUUCAAAAUUUUGGUCGUGAUUCAGAGUCUGCACAUGAAGUUUUCAAAAGAGCUUUGAGUUACAAACCUACUUUUAAACCUGUGUAUGGUAAUGAUAAAGUUCUUUUCAAUAUUGAAAAAAUGAAUUUUUAUAGAAACAAAUGUGAACUUCAUCAACAAUUAGCUCAAAUGAUUCAAAAUAGUAAACAUUUUAUUACCCAAGAAGAGUUUAAUCAAAUCAUUCAUCAUUAUAUUGAUACUAAGAACCAAUUAAUCAAUUUUAUCUCUUCUAAAGGUGUUGAUGGAAUUUUAGGAUGGGUUUCUGAAGAGGAAGUUUUUGAAGAUGUUUAUUCAGUGAUUUAUCAUUUGAAAUCAUUAGAUAUAGAUACCACUGACUUGCAAAAAAUCGCAAAAGAAGUGAAAUUGCAUGACUAUUUAAUAGAAUUACUAGCAUAG